UGUAAAUAAAACUAGCAUCGGUUCCAAAGAUAUAUAUUCUGAGCAUCAUGGAGCCCGUACCAUAUUCCAGGUGAUACCUUUGAGCAUAAGUAGACAAAGUAGUCUCUUCGAGUGCUUCAAAAGCAAAAUUUAAACACUACUCAUUAUUUGAUCAUCUGUAGUUCUAUCCAGAUUCCCUUUCUUUACCAUGUCCACAGAUCACUGAUCAGUUCUUUAAACCUCGAGACAACAUAUCCACAGAAUUUCAAGCCUAAAGAGGAUAUAUUGUGGAAUAAACUGAUUUUAUGGAGCAUCAUUCCUUACACUACUUUAAAAUAAAAUAAUAGAGAAGCAAUGUAAAUUACUGAUCCACUCAUACUAUAAAUAGAUGGCAUGUAUGAGGCUCAAAUUAAUCAAAUCGAAGGCAAGAAAAUCCAUUAUCAAAACUCAGCUGCAGUAACACAUUUGAUCCUGAUCUGCCUGCUUCAUUCUGUUUUCAGACAGAGCUAUACAGCGCAGAAGAAAGACAAAGUCAGAUAUUUAGCUAGUAAUGGAUACUGUGAACAGAUUAGUGGAACAAAAGCCUUUGGUAAUCUUCAGCAGAAGCUCUUGCUGCAUAAGCCACUCAGUGAUUAAACUGAUCAGCGGCUAUGGAGCAAACGCAACAAUUUAUCAGCUAGAUGACAUUUCCAACGGGCAAGAAAUAGAUAGAGCACUACAAAGGCUAGGACUUAGGCCGAGUAUUCCUGCAGUUUUCAUAGGCCAAAAACUAGUUGGUGGUGCUAACGAGAUUAUUAGCCUGCAGGUUCAAGGAAGACUCGUGCAAAUGUUGAAAGAGGCCGGAGCUCUAUGGGUUUAGGAUAAGAAUUUGCUGAAAUCUAACAAGAAAAGUAUCAGGCUAUACAUUGAGUUUUGUAACUUAGGAUAAAAAAAUUUCUUCUAAUUCCUUCCAUCCGCAUUUUUGCUUGUAGGAUGGAAGGAUAUUUAUAGAAUGCUCCUAGUGUAAACACUAAGUAGCCGUCUAAAUGUAUUGAGUUAUUAUUUUUCUUUAUGGUAAGUGGAACAUUUCUACCACAAAUGUCGUUCCUCUCUCUUUCCUACAACACAACACACAUAAUUCCUAAAACAUACCAAAUGCAAUUUAAGGAUGAGAGAGAAAAAUACUCUCCAAAUGUCAGCAAGGACAGGGAUGAUAAAUGGAGAGAAACCAAAACCAACCAUUAUAACCAACAAGAACGGUAAAAAAA